AUGAAGAAGACAAGCAUUGCAUUCGAAAUGUUCUCAACUAACACCAAGAGUGAAAAGGACUCAAUGUUCGACCAGCAGAUCCCGGAGCUGGAAGAGGUAUUGGGUCCCGGUUCCACUUGCACAAAGCUGCCUUGCACACUUGUGUGGACAGAUGUAACAGUACAUACAAAACUAAAAGAUGGAAAAAUAAAGAGAUUAGUUAAUAGUGUGAGUGGCAUCGCAAAACCCGGUACCAUGACGGCUCUGAUGGGUCCUAGUGGUGCAGGGAAGACCACACUUAUGACCGCAAUAGCACACCGAAGUCCAGUUGGAACUAUAGUAGACGGCAAUAUUAUUAUGAACGGAACACCUGUAGGCGACUUUAUGCACCAAGAGAGCGGUUACAUGCACCAAGAUGAUUUGUUCGUUAACAACUUAACUGUCAAUGAACACCUCACCAUAAUGGCUCGACUUCGCAUGGACAGUAGAACGUCGUACUUAGCUCGUAAACGAAGAGUGAAUCAACUACUUCGACAGCUGUGUCUGUAUAGAUCCAGGUUUACACAAAUCGGCGGACUAGAUGGUAAAAAAACGUUGUCAGGAGGAGAAAGGAAGAGACUGGCUUUUGCGACAGAGCUUCUAACAGACCCUGGCCUUCUAUUCUGUGAUGAACCCACCACCGGCCUGGAUUCGUCAUCAGCUCAGCAGAUGAUGAGUCUCCUCCGUUCUAAUGCUGCUCAGGGCAAAACGGUUAUAUGUACAAUACAUCAACCGAAUACGGAGUUAAUGGCCCAGUUUGAUAAAUUAGUUCUCCUGGCUGAAGGUCGGGUCGCCUUCGCAGGAACUGCUAACCAAGCUCUAACGUUCUUCGAAAGUCUCGGUUACCACUGCCCAAUAACCUACAAUCCCACGGACUACUUCAUCAAGGUUCUUUCCAUAACUCCAGGCUUCGAGACAGCCUCUCGCAAUGCGAUCAAGAGCGUUUGCGACAGGUUUGCUGUCAGCGAUCCAGCCAAAGAACUAGAUAUGGAAAUACAAUUGGAGUUCCAUUUAAUGGACAGCUUGGACUCGACGAAUGCGGUAUCCCCCCGUGAUGAACACGAUACGUUGCAAGCUCCUUCGUUCCUAACAAAGUUGCUUUGGCUGAUCUAUAGAUAUCUAAUAAUAAUCAUCCGGGACCCGAGAGUUCAGUUAGUCCGAAUUCUACAGAAAUUUGCAAUAGCCGUAACAGCUGGCCUUUGUUUUAUGGGCACAGCAAACCACACUCAAACAGGCAUACAGGACGUGCAAGGAGCGCUCUUCAUCAUCAUCGCUGAGAACACCUUCAUUCCUAUGUACUCUGUGCUGCAUAUGUUUCCCGAAGAGUUCCCUCUGCUUAACAGGGAGUUGAAGGCUGGACUGUACUCAGCAACUGUGUACUACCUGGCCAGAAUGAUUGCUUUGUUACCAGGCCUGCUAAUAGAACCGACACUUUUCACCCUGGUGGUGUACUUUUUAGCUGGACUACGAGGUUCGGUAUACGCGUUUUGCUUUACCGUGUUUCUUGCGACAUUGGUACUCAACGUUGCUAUAGCGUGUGGUUCCUUCUUCUCGUGUGCAUUUGGUUCGAUGCCGCUAGCCAUCGCGUACCUGGUGCCGUUUGACUACGCAUUGAUGAUAACAUCUGGAAUAUUUGUCAAAUUGAGUUCCAUACCCAAGUACGUAUCCUGGAUCCGUUAUAUGUCCUGGUUGAUGUACUCCAAUGAAGCAAUGAGCAUAAUUCAGUGGAAUGGAAUCCAAAAUAUAACAUGUACGACAGAUCGUCCCGACAUACCCUGUCUCGACAGCGGCGAUCAAGUUCUCGACACAUACGACUUUGUACCCAGCAACCUUUGGAAUGACGUCUUAGCUCUCUUUGGUUUAUACCUAUUAUUCCAUAGUCUAGCACUUAUAGCUCUGAGAUAUAGAACUAGGCGAAAAUAA